AUGAAUUGUGCUGAGGACAGGAGAAAUCAGUAUGAGCUAUAUAAGGAAACAGCUGAUUGGCUACUAGCUCAUACUACUCAGCGUCCAAAGAUCGCCAUCAUCUGUGGUUCAGGACUGGGAGCUCUGGCGGACACUCUACAUAACAAGACUGUCUUUCCAUAUGAGGACAUCCCUUACUUCCCACAGAGCACAGUACCAGGACACGCUGGCAGACUGGUGUUUGGGGACCUGAGUGGAAAGCCAUGUGUGUGCAUGCAAGGACGUUUCCACGUUUAUGAAGGAUAUGCCAUCAGCACGGUAACCUUUCCCAUCCGGGUGUUUUUCCUCCUUGGGGUAGAGAUCUUAAUCGUCACAAAUGCAGCUGGGGGACUUAACCAACAUUUCCAAGUUGGGGACAUCAUGUUCAUUAGAGAUCAUAUCAACAUGCUGGGCUUUGCAGGACAGAACCCACUGCGUGGGCCAAAUGACAAGAGGUUUGGGGUGAGGUUUCCCUGUAUGUCGGAUGCCUACGACAGAGACCUGUUUAGCCUAGCUAAGGAGAGUGCACAGGAGUUGGGCUACCUGGAAUUCAUCCAGGAGGGUGUGUACUGCAUGUUGGCAGGUCCCUCCUAUGAGACCAUUGCUGAAAGUCGCAUGCUUCAGGUCCUGGGAGCGGAUGCAGUAGGUAUGAGCACUGUUCCAGAGGUGAUCAUAGCCAGGCAUUGUGGCCUCCGAGUCUUUGGGAUCUCCCUGAUCACCAACAAGGUAGUGAUGAACUAUGACAGUCAAGAGAGAGCCAACCAUGAGGAAGUGCUGCAUACUUCUAGGAUCCGUGCUGCGGCCUUGCAGAAACUGGUUACAUGCUUUGUUGGCAAGACCGGCAACAACCCAGUUACUCCAUGAUUUCCAGCCUCAAAGCCACCAACACCACUACUCUCUAGAUAUAACAUACCAAUUCAUACCUCCCUCACUGCAAAGUUUAAUGAGUAUCCAAGUGUGUUGGAGGAGAGUAGUUUGGCAGGAUUCCCCUUCUGCCAUCUUGCUCUCUUAAUCUUUGACAUGUGCUUCAUCUGUGCAGGAGCACGGACAUUUCUCUGACAUUAUCCCAUUUCCUCAGAAAGAGCAGAAGCACUCUGCUCUGUUCAGGAAAGACAGAUGCAGCAUGCUAACACCCACCAAAUGAAAGAUGGGUAGAUAAACUCCAGCAGGGUCCGGAUCCCAAAUGCCUGUCCUGAGCUCCACUGGGGGGGAAUUAACUCCUUGUUUAUACUGCUCUGUAUUGAGCGAACUUGGACGGAUGCUUGCAACAAGUAAGGGACUUUGAAUACAUGUAUUGUAAUGUUUUAUUAAUGGAGAAGUAUGUGUAUACAACUCUCUGCAAUCCACUAUAGUUAACCUUUUCUAUUCUGCUUUCACUGCUCCAAUGAUUAGAAAUGGAAGCUUGACUUAGGGUUCACUGACUGCUGUUUAAUUCAUUUCUGUGUCCCAGAUAUUACAGGGACGGAUCUCCCCCCCCCCCCCCAUCAGUGGUUCAUCCAAAGCCCAUAGAAGUCAGUGGAGAGACUCCCUGUGGGCUUUGGAUCAAGUCCUAAAUACAUAAAAAUAGAUUGAUUUCGUUUUUAAUCUAAUCUGGAACAAACACCACUGCAUAUUACACAGAUUAAAACUAACCUUCCAACAACUUUGAAGGCCCCUGUUUUUUUUUUGUGUUGUUUGUUUGUUUGUUUGUUUUUUUCUUGUGCAUUCAAAUGAGACUUGCAUUUCCUCUGUACCUGCUAGCAAUCCAAAGGGAAACUGAUUUUUGUACCCGACUUGUUCUUUGUGCUUAGAUAUCAGGCUCAGGGCCUCUUUUAUUACAGCAGUUUAGGAAAUCUGUAGCAUCUCUUACCCUAUAAUCUCGACUCUGUUUACAAAGUUAUGUCAUUGUCAUCCCCACAUUAUGGAUGGGGAAGCUGAGGCACAGAUAAGAGAAAUGACAUGCCCAAGGUGAGUGUGUGCAUGGAAUGGAUACAAGUCUGACAACCUUAUGUAUUAUUGCAGUAGCCCUUUAACUCUACAUGUAGGUGAAACAGAGGUCAUCUGGCUUAGGCAACAGCACUGGCUGUACCCAAGCCAGGUGAUAGCUUUGCAUCCUGUGGGACAGCAAGAUGAUCAUUACCAAUGCCAGCACUGCACUCAGAUUUAAUGUUAUCACAGCCCCUGAGGAGAUCAGCAGGGAUGUUAGUUAAUACUUUUGGCAGUCAAACAUGAAGUUACAGAGAUGGUAUCAGGAAGAAGGGGGGAUAUACUUCUGUUUUAUUGGUCACUUUUUGUGAAGGAAUUCAGUUUUUUAGUCGAGCAUAAAAAAGAACCUUCUUCCAUUCCCUAGUACCUUCUACUGGUAUGUCACAGAUAUUUUAGUGUGGGGUAAAUAUUCAUCAGGAUUAAGUAUGAAGAAAUUAGCAUUAUUCCUGAAAGGUCAUGCAGAGCACUAGAUGCAGCAGAGUGAGACAGUCUGUGGUUAUUUGGUGACCUUUUCCAUUAAUUUAUCUUCAGGGUUUCAGCAAUGCCAUAAUAGUUAAAUGCUUUCUGAAUUAUAUGGAGGACUCUGGCUGACUUGAAACUGUGCGAGCUCUCCUAAACUAGAGGCCUCCUGAUCUAAAGUAGAGAUGGCAUUGCUCACUUUACAGCUUUCCAUGAAAUUUGUUCUUGGAAGAAGAGUGUUUCUUGGCCAUGUAGCCAGCAUAGUCAUGGUUCAUAGGCACAAAAUGAUAAGGUGGCCUGUAUGGUUAGUUUAGAUGUCAUUAGUUUGAAACACUGCUAUAGAACCCUAGAGACUUGCUGUUCUCCUUGAAACUGGAUUUGUAGGGGUUGGUGAUAGACUAUGAAAGAAAAGAACCCAGCUCUCUCUGAUCCUAUCAGUCACAAAUGUGCUGCAGGCUGUCACCACCUCCAUGACAUCCAAACAACCUGAGAAGCACUCAUCAGUGACAGCCAUGCUAUUGCAUUGCUUUCCAUUUGGUUAGCAUGAGCAUAACUGGUGGAAUGUCAGUAUUCCGUCCUGCUGCAGAUGUGUAAGGGCAAACGGACUCCACCUCCCUCUCUCAUCACUGUGUUGCUGCACAGCAUUAGCAGGAGUGAAAAGCAGUUAAAAAUAAUUUGACACUGAAGUCAGCAGAUGUGACUGAAUAUCAAGCAACAGCAGAGCUGCUGAGAGAGAAGGUGCAACUUUUUUACUUGCUCGCCUUUCCAAGUAGAACAACUUUCUACUAAAUGCCUUGAACAGGGCAGAAGCACUAUAGCACUCUUCUGUGUUCCAGAAAUAGUACUUUACUGAUUAUUUAUAUGUUCUAAUAAAUAGAAAAACUACCUGAGAGUAGAGGUCACUUGUAUACUUGGCUAUUACUAGCAUGCAGCUUGAGCAGCUAAAACUGGGAUUUUAUCAGAUUUCAUACAUUAAUCACAUUAUGGGUAGGACAGUGCUUGGCUGGGAAGUUUCCAAAAAGCCUACUGUUGUGUUGAUGAUUGAAAUAUAGAGUUUCUUCCAACCAAUUCACUGUUGACUAGGAGAUCAUGAUAGGAAAGGAAACUUGGUGGAGCUGCAGUCUUUUAGCUGAGAUGUAAGAGUGGUUGUUGUGUACUAUUGAAAGAUCAGCUGGGAACUCUAACACAAAUUAGAUUACAUGUCCUGGAAAAACUUCAGUUUGGGUGAAUCUGUGCUGCUUAACUAAAAUCUCUUCAAGUGCAUUUGGAUGUAUGCUUCCUCACUUCCAAUCUCAGCAGAGUUGCUGUAUUUGGUUAAAUUGCCAUUAAGUUCCAGUCCAAACAAUCUAUGUUGGCAUUUCAAAGCACUCUGAGAACCUUCAGGGUGGGAAACUUAAAAAUGAAUAAAUACAAGACAUCCAAAGAUGGAUAAGACUUACAAUUUAAUAAAUUCAUUAUUGUCAUAAUUACUUGCAUUUAAUUGUAUGUAUUCACCAAGAAAACCUGUUUUUAAAGAAAAUCUUUCCAAUAAAGAAGACUUGCAUGAUACUCAAGUCCUGUAAGAGGGAUGGGGACUUUGUGAAAAGAAUCCUACCAUCUGGAUACUCCAAGAGAUGUACCAGUAACUCUAACACAAUUGGCAGAGCUGGAAAUUUGUAUACAGUGUGGUGGUUAUAGUGAUGAUGGCCCAGGGAAUAGGUAAGAAGCUUGUUGAUCCAACUUUGGGUGAGGUGUUAGACGAGCAUUCUGGAACUUUGCUGUCCAUGAUUUGUCUUCAUGACCAAAUAAGCAUCAUUUCAAGGACUUUAAAGGAGCACUAAAUACCUUGUUCAUAUUUGGUUUUUUGUUUUGUAAAAUUAACAGGGUUGAUAUUAAUUUUUUUUUUGGAAUUGCUGUUAAUCAGAUACUCCUCCUCCUAUUGAUGAGGUGCAAAAUGUUGAAACUGAAUUAUGUAAAUGAGAGAUGCAUGUGAUGAAAUAAAGAG